AUGGCGCUCUUCGGAAUGCGUCCGAAGCAGUCGGCCGAGCGCAGGCUGACAGCGGUGGCUGAGGAGGGCGCUAUAGAGGUUCAGAGGCCACAAAAGCGCGCCAGAGAUAGGCGCGGCUCCCUCAGUGGCCUCAUCGCGUCCAUAUUUGGCUGCUUCGGACGGCCAUCGACCGUGUCGUCCUCGGACGACUACCGCACCCCCGCCGCCAACCCCAGUCGCGAGGCGGAGGUGCGGGACAAGGCCGCCGCGGCGGCGGCCUUCCCCAAGCAGCCGUAUGAGGGCCGUCCCCAGGCGGCCGCGCCAGGGCACGCAACUGCGACCUCCAUCGCCUCACGCAGCGGCGAGAGCAUCAGCAGGGCCAGCAGCACCACCAGCACCGCCAGCGGCGGUGCCAGCGACGAGGGCGAUGUGUUCGUCAGCAUCACCCUGCAGCAACAGCCGCGUGUCCCUGCAGUCUGCUCCUGCAGCAGCGGCGCGGCACCCACGUCUACCCGUGGGUCUGCCCGCUGCGCUUCCAUUGACGCAGUCAAGGCAACAGCAAGCCACUCUGACCAUGAGCAGCGCCGGCAGGCGCCGGCGGCAUCGCAGGCCCUCCCGGUUGUCGGCAGCACCGGCGCCCAGGCGCCGGCGGCAGGCGCCCCGAGCACAGAGGCGAGGCGCCCCCGCCCAGUGGCGCGCGGCAGUCUGUUCAGCCAAGCGGUGUGCGAUGUCCACGCGCCAGCCGGGGGCAACAGUCUGCACCGCGGCAGCCGCAGCAGCAGUGACAGCGACGGCGGCGACCGGCGUCGCGUCUCCAGGGGUGCGGGCAACACAGACGCCGUGGCCAGGGCACCGGUCAAAGCGGCGCAGCCGCUGCACACCAUUUCCCAGCGCAAGGUCGAGCAGCAGCCGCAGCAGCGCCGCAUCCAGGGGCGCACCACCCUGAGGGCGCCGGCUGCCAGCGCAGCUGACCGCGAGUGGGAAGCGAUCUUGAUCAAGAUCGUGAACUGGGCGGAUGAGGUUGAGGAUGCUAUUGCGAACGGCUGGGUGCCGCGGCUGCCGGAGCACCUGCAGGUGCCGGCGCCCCAGCACACAGUGCAGCACCGGUGGGAGCGCGGCUUCCGUAGCGGCCAAGGCGGGUGCUGCAAGCGCGCCGGCGCCACGGGCUGUGGGGCCCGCAGGGGCGGCAGUGGCUGGGGGCGCGACGAGGACUGCGGCGGCACCUACAGCGCCCUGGGCGCCUGGCUGGCCCCCAGCGACUGGUAA